ACUGCAUAGUGUCAAUAUUACAUGCAGGUAAAUGAAUUUCUGUGUUUACACAUGUGAUAUCUUUCUUUAAUGCGCACCUGUUUAAUAUCCAAGAGAAGGGAACUGUACUUGGACUAUGUACUUAUGACAGGCUAUACAGCGCUCACGCGUAAACAGUGGCUUAACAAUUAUCGCGAGAGCAAACCGCCGAACGGCGACGAGACUCUGGCUGGGACAGAGACCGGAGAAAAAAAAAUAAACCGUGUUGAAAAUGUCGGGGCGCUCGGUUCGAGCCGAGACCCGCAGCCGCGCCAAAGAUGAUAUUAAAAAGGUGAUGGCGGCCAUGGAAAAGGUCCGCAGAUGGGAGAAGAAAUGGGUGACCGUGGGCGACACAUCACUCAGGAUAUUUAAGUGGGUACCAGUUGUGGAUACCAGGGAGAAGGACAAAAGCAAAGCCAAUGGAAACGCCGGGAGAGAAGACAAGAGGUUCCCUACUGAUUCAGCACCGGAAAGUAACGGCUCUGUCCUGCUGGACUUUCAGGAUGAGAACAGUAACCAGAGCUCGCUGUCGGAUGCCUACCAGCACAAAGUGGACAGCAGCAGCAACUCGAGCCCCCAGCCCAGCGAGCCGGUGAGCCCAGCCCACACCUUGGACUUCCGGACAGACGACUCGCAGCCGCCCACGCUGGGCCAGGAGAGCAUGGAGGAGCCGGUAUUGCCGACCUGUGAAGUUGCAGACGGGCCUCCCACACUGAUUAAAGAGGAUCUCUUACCACUGAGUGCUCAAGUGGCGGAGGAAGACUAUGACUCCAGGGCGCCUCCUCUGAAGAGAAUUUGUACAGAACAAAACUCAGUCCUCCAGCCUGUGUCUCAGAGCUAGCCCAUGGUCUGUGCAUCCAGCUGCUGGUGCGGUGGCAGUUUAUUUCUAUAUCUUUUAAAGGUCUGGUAAAACUGUAUUUUUAAAAAAAAGCUCUGUUUAGACAUAUCUCCUAGGAUGACAGACCCCUUUCCAACACUGCCACCUGUCAUCUGCCUGGUCAACAGGAGAGUCACCCCCAUGGCAAAGCAGCCUCAGUGUAACGGAAGUCAUCUGCCCAGUUCAUGCAGGUGCAUGCCAGGGAAGCAGUUAGUAGACUAUGGGGAGGUGUACAGUGUUUUCACACCUAGGAUGUCUGUGGAUACCCUUUAGCUCAGUUAGUGCUUCUGGUCUUUGUCUAUGGUGGUCACACUGAGCAUCUAAAGACAAGCUUCCUCUUCCCAUUGUCUGCUGUAGCUGCCUGCCAGGUUUCACUGCUUUUAGGUUGCUGGUCUUUUCAGUAUCCAUGAACUAGCCUGUACAUAUAAGACUUGGUUUAAACUUGUUUAACUCCACUCUAACAGUGUAGCUGCAUUAGAACUGCAUUGUUACUGUGGGUUAAGAUUUCUUUAUCAUGAAAGGCUAUUUUUUCAUUUUAAGGCUACCCAUUCACAGUGCACGAGUGCGACCGUGUCUCACGCCUGCCCUGGACUGGAGGGACCACCAUCCAAAUUCAAUUCAGUACCCAAUCCCACCCAAUCCUUGGUUUCUCUUUUUUUAAAACUGACUACAGAAGGUGUGGCAAAUUGCAUAGUGUUGGUUUUGUGAGAGAGAUUGAGCUACAGCCCACCACACUCAUUUUACUAAUGGUCUAUGAAUCCAGGGUCGAAGUCUUCAGAGGGUGGUAGUUGUUACUGUGGAGUUUUAACAAUACUCUGUUGCCUGAUAUAAACAUAUAUACUAUAUACACACAUACAAAUGUUUGAGAAAUUAUUUAAUAAAAAACAUGGGCAGCCAUUAUUAGCUUAGAGGAGCUAUUUUACUGGUUCAUGCAUACGUCAUGUUUUUCCUACUGUGAAGUGUGAGUAGAUCAUGAACAGAAAAUACCUGAUUUAUCAAGCUGUGUACUCCAAGGUGCAAGUUUUGAAAUUGUUUCAGCAGCUGUACAAAACCACCUGGGACACUUAACUAAAAGGGGCACCGUCAGAUAGGCUUCUGUUAGUUUUCAGAUCAGUUGAUUAAGAUGGGAGUGCUGAUGCGUACGCGUGGAUCGCUACCUCGCGGAUUGCCCGCGUUUCUUUCGUUUUGUGAAGUUAGCAGACACAGUGGGUGAAAGCCCAAGGUUCUCGAACACUCAACAGCAAGUGCAGCUUCCCUCACUCCGAACUCUAAAUGUGAGAUCAAAAUGUUUUUUUUGUUUUUUGGUAACACAAAUCAUGUUGUAUGGAAUAACUAGUAUUAGUUCAAAUGUAAUGUAUUGUUUUUAUUUAAUUUUAAAUCUACUAAACACCCUCCCUGUUUGUUGUAAACUGUGUGCAGGGUGAUUUUUAUACAUGCUGAAAGGAAAAGACAUUUGGAGAAACUAUAAAAAUCGUAUUUUAUUGAAACUCAGUAUUUUGCUAAUCUUUUGCAAACUGAUUUUAUAGAUCUUUUUGAUUGAAGACAGCUGCUGAUUUACAGACCCUUGAAAAGUUUACAGGUGCUUCCUGUAUUAUAUUAUCAAUAUAACAACAAGACUGUUUGCAGUAAAUGGAAUUGCCUUUUUAGUUUGAAACGAAUUGGCUUUGAAGAUGCCCUUGCCACUGACUGCUGCAGCACGGUCUGCUUGCUGGUACAGUGGAUUAUGAGGUUACAGUAGAUUAUGGAGUUACAGUAGAUUAUGGAGUUACAGUAGAUUAUGGAGUCUGUACAAUUCAUCUAAAAGAGGGUGGCUCUGAAUAGAAGUUGUCUGAGAAAACCUGUGUGUGUGACUCUGAAGGGCAUUUUUCUAUUUAAAGUAAGUCAACUGUCAGGUUUGUUCUCAAUGUAUUGUUUAGUAAACAGGCCAGCCAGUGUUUAUGUCAUUUGAAUAGACAUCUACAUGUUUAAUCUUUAAAUAUAAGUUUAUCUCACCAAUAAUCUACUGUGAAUAGAUAUCCACAAGCCACCAGCAUCGUACAAUCAUAACUACCAGCAGAAAUACAAUCGACAAGUUCACCGCAAGGUAUUUUUUUACCUUCUACAACUGUCCCAAGUGGCAUUGCAGUACUAGUGACUGUAAAUCAAGACAGACCUGGCUUCUUACUGACAGCACGACAACAGAGCCAAGUGUUAUUUCUUUGGGGGGGGGGGGGGGGGGGGUAAUUUAUGGCAAAGCCUAUAUGUAUGUAUUUUAUGAAGAAGCUGUAUUUGCCUAAGCCAGGUUUGGAUGUUUUUUUGAGAAAAACAGCAAAGUAUUUCUGCUCUCCGUUAAGUUGUAUGUAAAACAUAACAAUAUGGGUUUGGAAGACCAGUGUCUAAUGCAAACUGGGACACAAUGUUUGGCAUUACAUAGUUUGUUUGGCAUAUUAUUUUAGGCUGUCCACUAAAUGUUCAACCCAUGGCACCACUGUGUUUCAACAACAGCAUGUUUCUGUUCAAACAAGGCUACUGAAAGAUGCAUUUUAGCACUGUAUUUAAAAAUUACAAUAAAAACAAAUGUAUAUAUA